AUGGAGAAGGUUCUGAGGACCAGUGCAUCCCGAGACCAUGUGGUCAAGCAAGGGUCAAGGUCACAUCUGGCCCCCCCACCCCCUGUCUUGGAGAAGAAUGAAAACCGGCACAUUCAGAUGGAAGGGGGCACCGUCACCUCGGCCUGCCCCUUGGAAGCCCCCAUGGCCAUGACGUCUGUUGGGGAGGAGAGGCUGCCAGCUGCUGCGGCUGGAGGGGCCUGUUUGCCACACAGCCUGCCCCAGCCCUGCAGCCCUAAGUGCCCCCUCCUCCCCACCCCCACCGAGUGUCUCCCCGCCCUCGCGCCUCCCACCAGUCACGCACAGCCCUACGCCUACUCAGCUAGUUCUCUGCGUCCACCUCCCCUGCUGGACCUGGGUCCUUCCAGCCAGACAGUUUUCAGCCAGUUUCUGGGAGGUGCUGUCCCUGGUUCCACGGCCCUCUCCUCCCCGGGAACCCUGAGCCUGGAGACCCUGGACGGCUUGGACCCUGACCCAGCUGGCCGCAUGGACGAGGAGCAGAGGUGGCUGCCCUGUGGAACCGUCCUGGACCUGGAUUCGGAGCACAGCAUGGAUGUGAUCCUGGUGGGCCCCAGUAAGCCAUCGCCCCCCGCUUUGCCCCAGCUGGGCAGAGAUCUCAUCGCCUACGAAGUCAAGAUUAACCAGCGCAGUCUAGAAGACAUCUGCCUCUGCUGUGGAAGUUUCCAGGUCCAUACACAGCACCCUCUGUUUGAGGGAGGGAUGUGCAUUCCAUGUAAGGACAAAUUCCUGUACACGCUCUUUCUGUACGACGAGGACGGAUACCAAUCCUACUGCUCCAUCUGCUGCUCAGGAGAGACGCUGCUCAUCUGCGAAAACCCUGACUGCACACGAUGCUACUGUUUCGAGUGUGUCGAUACCCUGGUCAGCCCUGGGACGUCGGAGAAAGUUCAGGCCAUGAGUAACUGGGUGUGCUUCCUGUGCCUGCCUUUCUCCCGCAGCGGGCUGCUGCAGAGGAGGAAGAAGUGGCGGGGCCGGCUGAAGGCCUUCUAUGACCGCGAGUCGAAGAGUCCUCUUGAGAUGUACAAAACCGUGCCCGUGUGGAAAAGAGAGCCAAUGCGGGUGCUGUCCCUUUUUGGGGACAUCAAGAAAGAGCUGAUGAGUCUGGGCUUCUUGGAAAACGGUUCUGACCCAGGGAGACUGAGGCAUUUGGAGGAUGUCACAGACAUAGUCAGGAGGGACGUGGAGGAAUGGGGCCCAUUUGACCUCCUGUACGGCUCGACGCCUCCCCUGGGCCAUGCCUGUGACCAUCCUCCUGGCUGGUACGUGUUCCAGUUCCACCGCCUCCUGCAGUACGCGCGGCCCAGGCAGGGCAGCCAGCAGCCCUUCUUCUGGAUGUUUGUGGACAGUCUGCUGCUGGCCGAAGACGACCGGGCUGUGGCUUCUCGCUUCCUGGAGACAGAGCCAGUGACCAUCCAGGACGUCUGCGGGACAGACCCCCAGAGCGCUGUGCACGUGUGGAGCAACAUCCCAGCUGUGAAGAGCAAGCAUUCGGCCCAGGCUUCUGAAGAGGAGUUGUCUCUGCUGGCUCAGGACAGGCAGAGAGCAAAGCUCCCCGCCCAGGAGCCGGCCAAGCUGGUGAAGAAUUGUUUUCUCCCCCUAAGAGAGUAUUUCAAGUAUUUUUCAACAGAACUCACUUCCUCUUUAUAA